GUGGGAGCGCGGCAACGAGAAAGGACUGUUGCACGAAGUCUUGGACCAGUGGUACAAGCUCUUCGUUCCAAGAUCACGGCAGGCCGCGAUGCUCAGCAGUUAUCUCGUGUCCUGGGAGAUGGAAGCAGAGGUCGGCUUGACGCAAACCUGCUUCUCCGCCUGGCAGCAUCUCGUCCAGGGGGAAGCACGGAGACGCCUGCGAGAGCGAAGCCGCGAAGGUGUGCACCUUGCCGUGCAGAAGUUCUUACUGGGCAACCAGAAAGGGUUGUUGCAUGAAGCCCUGAGCCUGUGGCAGCAUCUGUGUGCCAAACGCGCCCAGCGCGACCUCCUCCUGAAGAAGUACUUGGUGUCCUUCGAGAUGGAGACGGGGGUUGGUCUGACUCAGACUUGCUUGGCUUCCUGGAAGAAGUUGGUCGAUGCACAGGCACGGCAACGCAGCAAGGAGCAUGGGCACGAAGCGGUCAAGCUGGCGCUUCAGAAGUGGGAACGCGGCAAUGCUGCAGGUCUGUUGCACGAGGUCGUGACUCAGCCAUCUGCUCAGCCGAUGCAGGAAAGGGGGCUUUCACGUACUGCUAGUUUCUUUCUACUGCUUCCACAAGCAUUGUGGUAA